AUGAAGGUGACCUGGGCGACAGCUUUAUUACUUCUUUGCUGCACAGCGGUUACAUCCCUACCAACCACCAACUUCCAGACGGAUGUGGGUGAACUAUUCGGCGUUCCUGGGGAUUAUGAGCCGGAUAGGCUAGAGAAGCGUCGCGGCGGAGGUGGAGGCCGUGGUGGAAGUAGCAGCAGUAGCAGCAGCAGCAGUGGAUCCAGUCGCAGUGGAAGUAGCAGUGGCAGCAGCAGUGGAAGUGGCAGUGGAAAAACUAGUUCAUCCAGCAAUAUCGGUGGAACGACCAGCAAAGGGUCCGGUGUGUCUACAUCAUAUGGCGGCGGCAGGUACGAUACUUCCUAUGGCACUACAUAUGGUUCUACAUAUGGCCCCACUCGCAGCAAAUAUGGAUCGAGUUCAAGUUUACGCAAAUAUAUCGGAAAAGCUUACGGCAAAAACAGAUAUUAUGCUGGAGGCGCAAGUACUCCUUAUCGAUCCGGCGCAAUUUCACCAUUGGGAAUCACUCCAUUUCUUCUUCCAGUGGCUGCUUUGGCCUUCUUUCCCGGCCUCUGGUACCAUCCAGUCUACGUCUAUGAUUACAACAACAACUACAACUACCACAAUGACAACACCAAUAGCAACAGCUCAUUGCCAGUGGCGUGCCUGUGUGAAGAGUAUCAAGAGUGUGGUUGUGAUGAUAACACAAACAGUACUUACUUCGAAUCGCUUUUUAAUAGUACUCAGCCUCGCAAUACCAGCGUGGUAAGUGUGGCCACUGUCAACGGCACCAAGAAGAUCUAUGUCAACGGCACACUGGCGAAUGGAACUACCGCUGCGGACAGCUCAGCCGCUUCUGGGGCUAUGGCAAGUAUGCUGCAAUCAAGUGGAUACUGGGUGACUAUCGCUCUGGUCUUUGCACUGGUAUGGGGUUUCUAA